UCCAAUCCAGGCCCGUUCCCCCGGCUCCACGCUGCCCGGCUCCAGGCCCGUUAUCUCCGGCUGUGACACAGAAGAAAGACGACCAUGGCUCCCGGGGCUCUGCGCGCGCUCUGCCUGCUGCUGCCGCUGCUGCUGCCGCCGCAAGUCGUCUCUCAGGAUGACUUUGACCUCUCAGAUGCUCUGGAUGGUGGGACGAUGACGCCGAAGCCCGCCGUCCCAGCAGCGCCGGGAGCCGGAGGAGCCGGAGGAGCCGGAGGAGCCGGAGGAGCCGGAGGAGCCGGAGGAGACUUUUCUCUGGAAGACAUGUUUGACCUGGACGACCCUGUCUCCACCUCCACCACCACCACCAAGGCUCCACCCAAAGUUACCCCCAAGGUCCCUGCAGGCACCAAAGCUCCCGCCAAACCCAAACCCAAACCAGCUGCUGACGACUUCGACCUGGCGGACGCCUUGGACCCCAGUAAUGACCUGGACAGGAAGAAGGGUCAGGGAGGAGGACUAUCUGACAGUGAUCUGUUUGAAUUGGGUAACGAUGACACCUACAAACCUGACAAAGGCAAAGGGGGGCGCCCCAGUGCCGAUGAUAGGAUCAACCAGCAUGACGACAAUGGUGAAACCACGGCGGAGGUGGGAACCAUCGCGGGGAUCGUCAGCGCGGUUGCCAUGGCGCUGGUGGGAGCCAUCAGCAGCUACAUCUCCUACCAGAAGAAGAAGCUGUGCUUCAGCAUCCAGCAGAGUCUGAACACUGACAUGGUGAAGGCGGAGAACCCUGAAGCAGUGGUGGCUACAGAACCUCAAGCCCAACAGACUCUGCUGGAGCCGCCCAACGCUGAACCCCCCACCGAGGAGAACGCUGUGUAACACACACUCUCUCAAACACACACUGAAAACAUGCACACACACACACACUCUGAAACACACACAUACACUGAAACACACACACAGGGAUUUCUAGUCCUUUUACUGAAUGUGAAGUUUUUUUAAGCUGACAGUUGUUCAGUUUGUGUAAAUAUAUAAUGUAUUGUUUUUCCGCCGUUUGUGUGUGUGUGCGUGUGUGUGUGUGUGGCUUUUUCACUGCGAGCUGCAGAGAGGAACU